AGGUUGCGUCUGGUGGAGGGAGAGUGAGCGGGGCUGCCCUGAAUGGAUUGACAUAAGAGGGAUUUACAUUUUAACGGGUGUCGUGCUCCGCAAAGACUAGACGGUGCACGUUUAAAAAACCAACUCGAUGUGUGUUCACGUCGGCGCUUGUAUCAUGUCCAUGUGUCAUCGUCGUGAGAGGAUUGAACUUGCCAGCAGUCUAUAUUUGCCGAGGAGGGAAACCAAUACAAGGUCUCGCUGUCUCGCUGGAGCGGAGUAUUAUUAGCAGUUCAGACAGUGCAACUGUCUCUCUCUGGUCAUGCACUGCAAUUACACAACAGCAAAAUCAUCCUAAUUUACAGUUCAAGAGUUAAACACUAAAGAGUAAAAGAAAAAAAAGUGUGUGCUGAACAACAGAUAAACAUUCACCUGGCUCCCAUGCUGGCUCCCAGAAAUCCUCUCCUGCACACCCUCAGCCAUGCCUGCUACUACCAAACCUGCCAGGAGACAGACACCUGCCCAGAGAAAAAAUGCCCAGAAAGUAAUCGGCACCAAGAGGCAAACCUGCAACUCAAAUAAACCCCAAGGAAGAGCCACAGAGAGGCCCCAGAAAACACCUGCAGAACCAAAAAAGUCAACAGUCAGAGCCCAGGCACAGCCAGGCCGAAGCCCCCGUGGAAGAGGGGUUAGUGGGCCUGCUAGUCAGGGCCCUGGGAGGUCCCCUGGCAGAGUUAACCAUGCCCUAAAUGUAACAGGAUCUACAAGGCUUAGGCGACCAAGCAAUCUGCCUGACCACUGUGGCGACUUACAAGCCCCCCUAGGGCGAAGGACAUCCCUGCGGGGCACGCGGGUGUCUGUUUCUCCUUGCCAGCCUCCUAAACCAUGCAGAGGAGGGAGAAACAGCAGGGGGAGCGCAGGGAGAGGGGCAGCAUCACAGCACGGAAACACAAGAAACAAGCCCUCAAGCACCAGUAUCAACGAUUCAGCUCCUGACGAGGAUGAAGAGGAAAACAAGAAACUGGACUCCUGUGAUGUUGAAGAAAUCCUCCCAGUGUCUCUAAAAACCGAGUUUGAAGUUCCCGCAAUUAUCAAAGAUCAGGGUCCAGGAGUCAAAAAUGUUUUAGAGGGCAGCCCUCUUAAAGCGGAUCCAGCACCGUGUAAUGACACACUGGAAGACUGUGUGGAGUGCAGCUGUGACAGUACUUCAACCAAGAAAGACAAAAACACUGUCAGUCAGAACUAUGAAGAUGACCUGAGGUGUGUGACUGGGGCCACCGUCGGUGAUGAUGUUGAUGGACAGCUCAAACUCUGCAGUGACAGAAGCAAAGACAGCCCCUCUGAGCCCUCUGCGCUAACGAGUAGCGGCUCACCAGGGGUGCAGGGUUGCUGCGAGGGAAAUGACACUUCAUCUAUCCUUGGAAAUAAGCUACUUGGCGGUGAUAGUAAGCAAGAUGAUGUGUGUACUGUCCAUCAAGAGGAAGGUAAUUUGUUGGACUUGAAAGAGAAUAGGACAGAUGAAAGAGUGAUAGUUGUCACUGAGAGAAGAGAAGAGAUAAAUCAUGAGAGAAGAGCGAGUUUAGAGGCAGACAAAGCAGUUGAGAGACACAACGAGACUGUGGAAGAGAUGGAGGACAUUGUUGAGAAGCUGGGUUACUGUAAGGGAGAAGAACGAGGAAAAAAAGAAAAGGAGAAUGAUGUAUGCAUCAAUCCUACUGACCUCCACCCCGGCACUCCAGCCUCUCAACCUCCGGAUCCUCCUAACUCUAACGAUGAACUGACAGCACAGUCAGAAUCACCUGUAAGUGUGCUACCGGUCUCCAACACAGCUACCUCAAAUCCCACCAAAGCCCCCUCCACCUCAGAGGCACUUGAACUAGAGGUUCUGAGCCAGGGUAAGACAGACAUGCAACCUACCAUUCAUGGUGCUAAACCUCACUUCCCAGAGUCCUCAGCUGUUCCUGAAACUGCCCUGAUGUUGCAGACUGUUCUAGUGAAAAGAAACACGCCAGUUAUUAUCCAUAGUGACUCCCUCAAACCUAGAAGCUUGAUGGAUUCUAGCCAGGGGGAACCACACCAACUGCAAAGGCCAGAGCUCCCUUCUCCUCAGGGAGAAAGACAAGCUUGCACACCAGCAGAGACGCAGACCAAAGAUCGUGAAUCCAAUCCAGAGGCAUUGGAGCGCCACAGCCAGAAAGAGACAUCUUCGUUGUCAUUGUCACUAGUUCCUCAGUCAAGCACAGAACCCCGCACAGCUGAGUGUGAACCAACCCUCAGCGAGGACAGCGUUGUCGUAGCAGUGACGGAGCCGGACUCAGUGCCAAAGAUCUCGACUCCCUCUCUGGACAGUAGCUCCACUUUGUCCUGCAGCUCAGAAAGCACUCGCUCCUCUUUUUCAUUCGAUACUGAAUCAGAGGCAGGGUAUGGAGAGCCCAGCCUUGCUAUUCUACCAAGAUCCUGGGGGGCAGAAGGGGGCUGCUUGCCCUCGUGGACUGCUCCGAAAUCACAGAAGAAAGAGAGGAAGAAGCGGAGCAGGUGCGGGGCGUGCGAGCCAUGCCUGAGGAAGAUCAACUGUGGCCAAUGCAGCUGCUGCCUCAACCGCAGGACUGGCCACCAGAUCUGUAAGCUGAGGAAGUGCGUGGAACUGAAGAGGAGAAGACCUUCAUCUCCGCUCACGCUCUCUGCUGCACAGGUGGUUCCAGAGAGUGGGUCGGUAAAUGGCAAAGGCAAGGCACAGAUGGAUGACACCCACACGGCAGCAGAGGAGGAUGAGGGGGAGGAAGGCCACAUACCUUACACACAACCUCCCCCCAUCGACGACUCGCUCACCCAUAACCCGGUCUCGGACCAAGUCGGACAGCCAGCACUUAAAAGAGAGCCCGGGCUGGAGCUGACCAGCAUUGCACUUCACCAACAAGUAUGCUCUUCUGUGACUUUACAGAAUGGUUCUGCUGAGAACCUGACAAAACCUAAUGGUGCUAAUAUGACCACUGGGUCACACUCUAAUCUGAAGUCUGCAUUUAAAAGAACUGUGAUGACAUCAGAGCCUCAAAGGACUAUAAUAGCUGCAAUUCCUAAGGACUGCUCUGAGAACAGACCUAAGACUCCUCCAAAUGACAUGUCUGUUCCACUGAAGAAGAUCAAGCUGAAGGAGCCGUGGACGUGGAUCACUGAACAUCCCACCACACAGCGGAGGGAUGAAGAUGAGGUCUGCGAAGACCCACUAUCCACACUGGCUGCCGUGGUGUGUCUUUCUGUCACAGAGAGGAAGGGAUUGGAGGAGGAACUCUUCUGCUCAAGUUCUUCCAUUCUUCGCUUCAUCAAAACAGAGCCGCCAGAUUUGCACUUCGUCAAAAAAGAGCCAGAGGACUUAAAGAUUGACUUGUGUCAGAAAAGCACUCCCCAAAGGACUCCCCAGCCUAUGAAAAGUGAACCUCCUCCAAGUAGCUUGCUACCAAGCGUGCAGUCUUUGGCAGAGAAGAGAAAUCUUAGUUUUGAUCAGGCUAUUGCUAUUGAGGCCUUGACUCAGCUGGCAGCUAUACCUGAAAGCACCCCAGGGUCCAUUAAAGCUGAAAGUAAGUGUGAACAUCCCAUUUCUACUGCUGCCCCAUUUUCAACCUCCAACACAAAUACAUCCCUGCAAGAAGCCAAACCCACAGCGGCUAUCCGCUACAACAAAGUCUCGGUCAUAAGCUCACCACUACACCAGACAUCAGUCAUACGCCCUCCUGUGGCCAGACAAGGGAAUGUCAUCCAGUGUUCCCGGGGGUCAAACUCUGACACAAAACCAUCUCUGCAGGAUCUCUUAGAGGCCAGCUCCGACAGUGAUAGAGCACCCUGGAGGAGGACAGAGCAGGGCUUUGGUUCUCAUGUCAUCAAGUCAGAAUGCAGCUACAAAGAUCCCAGUGACAUGAGGUGCAGGAGAAACAGAGAUGAGGAGGAAGUGGCAGCUCAGCUGGCAGACCUGGCCUUCAUCAUCGAGGCGCGACACAGCCAGCAGUCAGAGAACAACCCUCCAAAAGGAACACCUGUAUCAGCCAUCAAAUACACCUACAACUCCCAGCUACCAUCUAGUCAGAAAAAGACCCUCAUAAAAAAAGCAAAAGCUACACCCUCCAAGCCCAGAAAGAAGAAGACAAGUGAUGGACUAAAUGAGGGAGUCAGCCGCAGGACCCCCCUCUCGAAACGCAUGCCAAAUGGAGAGACACCCCACAGGGGCAAAGGCCAGAAGAUUCUCCCACAGGGGAAAUCAGGCCUUCACCACACGAGGAACCUGUUUCUGCCUCAGGCUCAAAUUGACCUGAAGAGAUACUUGGCUGAGGCUCAGGAGGAAAGGAGGCAACUCAUCCAUCACAGUAACACACACAAUACAGCCCUUGUAGGGCCACAGAACUACAGCACUCUCACAAGGAUCAACUACACUUGUGGUCAAGAAAACCAGCCAUGGUCCCUUGCAAACGGCCCACUCCACCAACCCAAUCCAUGCAAUGGUUAUCCUGCGGGACCAGAGCAGGAGUGCGAAAGGCAUUUGUUAACUCAGGUAGCGCAGCCCUCUGGUGGGCUGCAACACGGUGCUGAUCCUAACAACAGCCCAGCCCAUGCCGCUUUCCUUAGCCACACCGCCGGGCACCAUGGUCUGGCUAAUGGCUUCUCAGGGGCUCGGCAGUCCCCUCCUCCAAGCCAGCAGGGCUACUACAAGCUGGAGAAGACAGGACCUGUCACUGUCCUGUCCACGGCUACUGAUGGGGAUGUGGGCCACUCUGCAGAGUCAACUCCAUCCAAGAACAGCAUCAACAGCUUUCUGGAGUCUCCAAUGAGUUUUUUGGAUACCCCUACCAAGAACCUGCUCAAUACACCUUCCAAAAAAGUGGCUGAUCUUCCAUCCUGUCAAUGCAUGGAUCAAAUCAUUGAAAAGGAGGAAGGCCCUUACUACACUCACCUUGGGGCAGGACCUAGUGUUGCUGCAGUGAGGGAAUUGAUGGAAAACCGGUACGGUACCAAAGGAAAUGCAGUAAGGGUGGAAGUUGUCGUUUAUACUGGGAAGGAAGGAAAGAGCUCCCAGGGGUGUCCAAUAGCUAAAUGGGUGAUCCGGCGUGGUAGCGAAGAGGAGAAGCUGCUGUGUUUGGUCCGCCAGAGGCCAGGGCACUACUGUGACACUGCUGUGUUGGUGAUCCUCAUCCUGGCUUGGGAGGGAAUCUCUCGGCCGGUGGCGGACCACCUCUACCAGGAGCUCACAGAGACACUUUUUAAAUACGGUUCCCCCACCAGCCGUCGCUGUGCCCUGAAUGAAGAUCGUACAUGUGCAUGCCAGGGUCUGGAUCCAGACACAUGUGGAGCUUCGUUUUCCUUUGGCUGCUCCUGGAGUAUGUACUUCAAUGGCUGUAAGUUUGCCCGCAGCAAAGUGCCCCGCAAGUUUCGCCUGCUUGGAGACUACCGGGAGGAGGAGGAGAAAAUAGAGAAUAACCUUCAGAGUCUCGCCACUGACCUCUCACCACUCUACAAAAGACUGGCUCCUGAGGCCUUUCAAAACCAGGUGGAACAUGAGGAGACAGGGGAGGGGUGCCGGCUGGGAUCAAGGAUGGGACGUCCGUUUUCUGGGGUCACGGCCUGUGUGGAUUUUUGUGCUCACGCUCACAAGGACACUCACAACAUGAAUAAUGGCAGCACUGUGGUUUGCACUUUAACCAAGGAAGAUAACCGUGCAGUGCGUAACAUACCAGAAGAUGAGCAGCUCCAUGUUCUGCCACUUUACAAGAUCUCUGACAGGGAUGAGUUUGGUCAGGUUGAGGGCCAGUGGGCUAAAAUCCAGAGUGGUGCUCUGCAAGUUCUGUCUUCCUUUCCCCGAGAGGUGCGUCUACUGGCUGAGCCAGUGAAAUCAGCCCGUAAGAUAAGGCAAGAAGCUAAGGCAAGGGCUCAAGCAGAGAGACUGGAGAAGAAGCUCGGGCUGACUCUCACUCCUGGGAAAGUGAAAAACGAAACCCCCAACAAAGAUCCACAGGGCUGCUACAGCUCAUACAGGAUACCACCCAGACCUGCCAGCGUUGGAAGGUUUCCACCAGAGAGGAACCAACACAGCACUUACAGCCAGAGCACCAGCAGCUACCCCACUCCGGGUCCCGGAGUCACCCCACAGAGGGAGAUCGUUUCCCCCAACCACCACGGCCUCCAGUUUGGACAGAAUGGCUCAGCUCUCUGUUAUAAGACAAUGAGUGACAGUGUGAAUGGUUAUUCUCCAGCAUCUGGUGACCAGAGUGUUCAGUCAGAACGUAUACCUCCACAUAAUGCCCUUAGUGACUACCCCUGUACUUUUAAAACUGAGCCCAACGAGGAUCACUGCUCUCCUCUGCGCAGACCCACCCCCAGUGGGAGUGCUCCUCCUCCCUCCUCCUUCUCCCCGAGACCUACCUCUGAGGGCCUCUUCAGCAGGCUCAAUGGACUCCACAGGGCUGCAGGAGAUGUCACGGCAGAGGUCAGGGGUCAUGGCCUCCCUCCGUUCUCAUCUCUUCAGCUUCCCCCACAAACUCCCCAUCUUGAGCCAGAGGAAGUUAAACAGGAAGAGGUGUGGUCAGACAGCGAGCACAACUUCCUGGACCGCGACAUAGGCGGAGUCGCUGUGGCACCAUCACACGGUUCCAUCCUGAUAGAGUGUGCACGGCGGGAGCUCCAUGCCACCACCCCUAUCCUCAGGCCAAACCGCAGCCACCCCACCCGCAUCUCCCUGGUCUUCUACCAGCACAAGUCUCUAAAUGAGCCAGGCCACGGGAUGGCUAUGUGGGACGCCAAAAUGGCUAAGAGGGAACGGGAUAGGGAGGAGGAGGCUGAGAGACUAAGGAUGGGGGACAGCCCGAGCAGUGUGGGGAAGAAUGGCAAAGGAAUGGGAGGUGUGGAGCUAGAGGAGGAGACAGGGGAGGAGACAGAGGAGACAAGGAGGGUCAUGAAUGUCCCCACACGCCAAGCAUGGACCCUCCCGAGGGAUGGUGUCAUCACCGUGUCCCCUUAUGCUCUUACUCAAGUGACGGGCCCUUACAAUCGCUGGACUUAGUCAACAUGAUUUACACACACACACACACACACACACACACACACACACACACACACACACACAGAAAACUCCUACAUCCUGUGCUUCUGCCUUACCUCAACCAACUUCAAACUGCUACUCUCAUUUUUAUGUCAUUUUCAUUGUGCUUUUCUAAUAUCCGUUUGUUCACUUUGUCCUUCUUCGUCUCUGCCUUCAAAGUGAUGAGGAAGACCAAAGUUUAUUGGCUUUUUAACUGUGAGUUUUCGGUGUUGGUUUUUAUUGUAAAGAGAUGGUGCUUUGAAGCAUUUUAAAGACGUUUUUAAACUGGUUUUAUAUACAUGAUUAAGAACAAAAAAGAUGUGAUUAUUUAUUGUGAUCAUAACGAUUUCUAUUUAAUUCCUGGUGUAAGCCUGUUUACUGCAAGAUUUCUAUGAUAACCUGCAUUAUGUGUUGACGAAUUUAUGUUGUACAGUAGGACUAUGCUCUUUAUUUCAGCCAAUACUUCUCUUUUCAUAAGAGGAAUCUUAUUAGCUUUUACAUUGGUGCCAUUCUCACUGUAACCUUUGUUAAGCAAACUCAUUACAUCACACAAUGUAGAAAACAAGACUAAUAUUGUGCAUAUAUUUACUACAGAUUGUUACAUGUAGCAUUGUGCUUUUCCUUCUGCUGCCUCUGACUUCUGUUGGCAGUUGAUGAAAGAAAUGUACUUCUUUGGUUUGUUGUUUUGUUUAUUUUCUCUGCGUCUGGAUGGUUUGUCUUUUAUUCACAGAUAUGUAUGGCAUAUAAAGAAGCACUUUUUUUAUUUUCCUAAACUUAACUUGAAAAAGGUCCCAACCCAUAGGCCUGAAUAUGUAUGUACAGAUAGAGAUAUAUAUGACAGUUUAGCAUGAACCUUGCUUUAUUUUUACAGUUGUUUGCAUUUAUUUGAUUGUCAUUCAUUUCAGUGAAAAUGGCAUACAUAUCUAAGGAAAUUCAAAACUUAGCAGAAUGAGGAAUCAGAAAAUGCUGCAACAAUGGAGUGCUUAUCAUUACUGGCACUUAACUUGUAUUCACCUUCUGGAAAAGGAAUUCAAAAAGUUUCAUAGGGCACGAGUGAUAAUAGGAUUUCAAAAAUCUACUGUACAUUUUAAUGGUGCUAAUGAGACCUCUAUUUUUUUCAUAACUCACAGUGUCAGACAUGUUAACAAAAUAUUGCCAGUUUUUAUGUCCAUACUCUGGAUUUGAAUAUGAAACUGUGUUAGCCAAUGCUGAAUAAUCAAACUAUUUCUUUUUUUUUUUUUUGCCUCCUCUCUGCUUUUGUUGGAAAACCACUCAGAUCCCACUCAGACAAAUGCCUAAGACGAUUUCGGGUGCUCGACCCCUGUGAAGACUUUGUUUACAGAUAGCUUUUUUUUACAGGGUCUGAAUAAGGGGGUUGGUGUCAACUCCUGGUGGAUCAGGAUUUUUAUUUGUUUUAUUUUUAUUUUACCCAUUAAAGAGAAGCUUUUCAUCAAUGAAAUUCCAGCACAACCGAUAAAAACCUUUCACUGAUGUUCACACUAACACUGGUGGAAUAACAUUUCCUAUGAGAAACAUUAUUUUUGGUCUUUUACACACUUUGACUUCCUUUUGGUGCUAAUAGGACAAGAUGUCAAGGUACAUGCAUUGACUUAACCUGGUUAUAUGCUGAACAGUGAUGGCAUGGUGCUUUUUUUUGAAACUCCGCACACACUGAGCUGAUAUAUGACUCAAUACAAAGCUAGUUUGUAUAAUUUCUCUGGAUGAUUACUGGGUGACAAUAGACUGAGCAGCGUUGGUAUCCCACCAUUAAUCAUGAUUUCUUUCAAGUAUCAGUAAAAAAAAAAGCAAAUUAUUGUGCAGAUGUGCAUCUAGAGCUCAAAUGUCUUCCACAGAUAACCCAACUCUCCAGCAACUCUCAAAAAUCACAACGUACACACAGAAUGAAAUGAAUGUAUACAGUUUUUUAAAUCAGCUGAUUUAGAAGGAACAGUUUUGAACAUCACUUGACAAAGUUACUCUUUUAAAUGUUUCUUUUGAUUUACUGUGGAACACAUUCUCAGUCCACAGUGAAAGUCUUUGUAUCAACAAGGAACUAACAACUAGCACCAGCAUUCAGAAAUCUGAAAAAAAAAAAAACUUUUAUUAGUAGAAAAUGUGUAAAUAUGUAGGUGAACCAUAUUGUUUUUACUGUACUGUUAAUGGUGUUUAGACAAUGGAUGAUCUUGCUUAUUUUGAAACUGAAUUACUGUACGUUGCUGAAAGUAUAUACAGUUUAGACUUGAGAAGAGACUAAAUUUAGCAUUCCUUUUAUGGAUGGCUGAUCUCUUUCGGGAUUGUGAAAUAAAGUCAUAUUUAUAUUUUGGACCUGAA